AUCUGCUGCAGAGCCAACCACGCGGCCUCCGCCGCCGCCCCGGCAUCCGAGAGCCCCCCACCGUUUCUGAAAAAGAAGGGGCCCCCAACCUCCGCACCGCCGCCGGACAACAUGGAUUUCGCUCGUCGUAGGAGAACCACCAAACCCCCGCCGGCGCCCCCCACCUGCCACCAACGAGACGGGGCAAGGGCCACGCGCGCGUCCGUCCGCCGCGCCGAGGCACUCGGUGGCAGUCGGAAUCCUUCCACCGCAUCCCCCGCCCCUCCUUGGCCGAGGUGCCUUAAGCAUUGCGGCAUGGCAACUCACGGAGCGCGUCGUCAAUCCGGGAAGAUGCAACCCGGCUGUCGCCGCCUGCUGCUUGCUCGGCUUCUCGCCCUCCUCGCGCUGCUGCUGCUAAUCGUCGGUGUGCAUGGCCGUAUAGGAGGGGGCUGCGGUAGUCGUAAAGAACCCAAACGGCUGCACAGGUCUGCCCCCUCCAGAGUGUCCAGGCUGUGGAUAGCAGCAGGUCUCACUCCGAAGCAUAUGCCCACGCCGAUGGCAUCUCAGGAUGUUGUGUAUCGUUCUACAAUAGUUGAUUUUGUUUCUGUAUGGUAUAAGAGAGAUAUGAAGGUCACAAUCUUUUCCUUACUUACGGAAUGUUAAGGAAAACAAGGAUAGCUGAAUAUAAGACACAAUUCAUCGA